GACAUUCUGCUGUGUGUUGGACUGUCAUACGGACAUUCUGGACCGUCAUACGGACAUUCUACUGCGUGUUGGACUGUCAUACGGACAUUCUACUGCGUGUUGGACUGUCAUACGGACAUUCUACUGCGUGUUGGACUGUCAUACGGACAUUCUACUGCGUGUUGGACCGUCAUACGGACAUUCUGCUGCGUGUUGGACCGUCAUACGGACAUUCUGGUGCAUGUUGGACCGUCAUACGGACAUUCUGCUGCGUGUAGGACCGUUAUACGGACAAUCAAGCUUGUGCCGGACUACACUAUUCCAUAUCUCUCUGCUGGCUAAUUUGGUAUUUAUAAUCAAGUAGAAGCAGGAGCUAAUAUUUCGUGAAGUGUAACUGGACUCAGCUAACCCAAACACGUUUGGUUAAAUCAGGCUAACCGUGGAUUAACUGUGUGUCACGUGAUCUGGAUUAACCCUAACAACUCCAGCAAGCGGACAGAUAUGAAAUGUGGGUGGCACAUGUCGUCAUCCUUCUAUUGACAGCUGUACCUGUACACCUGCAGCACCAUACAAAGCAGGGGACGAGCCUGGGACAUGACUGGGGCCCCUGGACGGGCUGGUCAGUGUGUACACACACCUGCGGGCACGGGACGGCCUACAGGAUACGUCAGUGCCACGCCCACCACAGGCACGGCAACGGAGCCACAUGUGAUGGCCCAUCUAAACAAUACCGCAUUUGUUUAGUGCAGAACUGCUCAGCAGACGACAGAGGCUACAGAUGGCGGGAGUGCGCUAAACACAACACCAUCUACUACGGUCACCAGACCUACAGCUGGACGCCGUACAUUCACACCACGGCACCGUGUGAGCUAGCUUGCAAGACAGACGGCCACAAAUAUUAUGCCCGGUUCAACCAGACGGUCAUAGACGGGGUCACGUGCAAUGACGACAACACGGCCAUAUGCAUGCAGGGGAAGUGUCUGGCCGCCGGAUGUGACGGCAUUCUGGAAUCGUCUGCCAGGCCGGACGUCUGCGGUGUCUGUAACGGCGAUGGCUCGACCUGUCGCCUGACGCACGGCAUCUUCACGCGCACGAACCUGCCGGGGCGUGGCUACCAUCAUGUCACCACCAUCCCUGCAGGGGCCCGCAGCAUCAACAUCACUGAGCUGGCCCGCAGCCGCAACCACAUAGCUUUAGCGACCUCUAGUGGUUACUUUCUCAACGGAGAGAUGAAGCUUCAAAGGGAGGGCACUGUACAAGGGGCCGGAACAAGUUUUCUCUAUGGACGAGGUUCUGGGACCUGGUGUUUGGGCGAGUGUUUGACGGCAGAUGGGCCGCUUAACACCAGUCUUAAAGUGGAGCUGCUGUCGUUUGGAAGAAAUCCUGGCAUCUCAUACCAGUACACAACUGGGACAGUCGAUGUUCUCAAAGCUAAUCACGUCCAUAUCGCCUCACAGAACCACAGGCAAGAUUCUUUCAAUACAGGUGAUCGUACCGUCCAGAAGGAAGUAAUUCCCAGAACAUCAGACGAGACUUCAUAUCAGUCGGACACCAGUCCGGCCAGAUCCGGCCCGCGAGCCGGCAGAGCCCAAGCCUCGAGGCCUCUGGCUAGCACUGUCUUGUAUGGCCCAAACAGGGAUCAGCUGUUUGUGGAAGGGGAGAACGGCUCGAUAGAAUACAAACAUUACUACCACACCAACCUCCACGACAACCUGGGGGACGUGCCCAUGCUGCCCGCUCAAGACAGCAGACAGCAAACUGUACCAGACAGCAGGCAGACAGCCAUACAAGACAGCAGACAGCCGAAACUGAUACAGAGAAGGAUAGAGCCUCUACACAUCUCUAACGUCAGGAGAGAAAAUACGCACAGACUCGCAGAGUUCCGAGCCAACCCACAACACCUCUCAGCUGCUGAAGGCGCCUCUAUCCCCAAUGUUAUACCAGCCACGUAUGAAACUUUGCUGGGCAGCAAGUCGGGCCGGGGCCACCCGGCUCCACCACUAGGCUACACAGAACAUGACAACAAGCUGUCAGAUGGGCGGGGCCUCUACUCGUGGCGCAUUCUGGGGUUUACCCCAUGUUCAGAGCCCUGUGGUGGGGGUCUACAGGUAACUCGCAUCGUGUGUGUGAAGGAGGACACGCAGGUGGAGGUGAUAGAAGAGAACUGUGAGCCAGCACUUAAGCUAGCAUCCACCCACAUCGUCUGCAACAACCAGCCCUGUCAAGCCAGCUGGCAUCUUGGAGACUGGAGUUCCUGUAGCGUCACGUGUGACAGAGGCUUGCAGAAGAGAGUGGUUGAGUGUCAGCAGAAGAUCUCCCCCACCCUGACCCUGCCUGUCUCGGCAGACAACUGCCCCCACCCCAAACCCGCCUCUAGACAGUUCUGUCAGCAGCAACCGUGCUUCUCGUGGAACGUCACUGAGUGGAGCAAGUGUUCCGCCGCCUGUGGGUUUGGCCAAAGAAAGAGGGGCGUGGUCUGUGUGGAUCCUCAAAACAAAUCGGUGUCUGAGAGUCUCUGCACGUCCUUAAAGCCGCUAGAAGAGGACAUCUGUGACAUGGGCUCGUGUGCUCAUGGGUGGUUCCACACCAGGUGGUCUACACAGUGCUCGGCCACCUGUGGACGAGGGCUGUACACACGACAAGUUUACUGCUCAGCUCCCGACGGUUCCAAGCUGGAUGAGAGCAAAUGUGGAGGGAAGAAACACAAGCCGAGGGAGCACAAGUCUUGUAAAGCCAAGAAUCCGUGUGGGGGGCAGUGGUUCACGGGACCCUGGUCUCAGUGCAAUGGGACAUGUGGGACCGGUGCAAGCCGCCACAGGGAUGUGCUGUGCAUCAAGCACCAUGGGAAGUAUGUCAACCAGAUUGUGAAGGAGCACAACUGUGUGCUGGAGGAGAAACCCGCGGCACGAGAAGUGUGCAGGUCUUUACCUGAGUGCUCACCUCAGUGGUUUAUGACGGAAUGGUCACAGUGCAGCAAAACGUGCGGGUUAGGUGUGAAAACCAGAGAGGUCAAGUGUCUGGACGCUGACCUUAACCCCAGCACGGAGUGUCAGGAGAAGGGGAAGCCAUCCCGCCGAGACUCGUGCAACCCCCAGCAGUGUGAGGAGCGCUACAUGGAAUUCUCGGAGACACCCAUGGCUUUAACUAACGAGGCAGUUCAGAUGGAUGGGUCUGUUGUCGGUACAGGUGUAACGUGUAAAGACAGUGAAAGUUCAAGAUGGUGCCACCUGGCCAAGCAAGCCAGACUGUGCCACUACCUCCACUACAAAAAGAUCUGCUGCCACACUUGCACAAAAUUUCACCUCAAGCCCCACUGAUUCACACCAUAUGUUCUAGUAUUCUCAGUCAUUGUUUCAUUUCAAUUCUUGAUUCUUGUUUUGCAUUUCAUUCCUCCAGAAAGCUUUGGUAACAUAGGAUGUCAUUUCUUGUAGCAUCAAGCAAUGCUUACUUGUUUAUUUAUUUAUAAUUGUUGAUAUUGGAUGCUUUAGUUUGAACUUUUUUUUUUUCAAAAUAUAAAUGGCACUGAAUAACCUAAUGGCAGAAAAAGUUGUGUUUACAAAAAUUUUAAGAAACUACAGUCAGGCAACCUUUUGAUGACAAUAGUUAGCCAACACAUCACACAUUCCUAGAUUGUACAGUUUUUAAUCAGUCAAUUUUUUAAUUAAUCAACCUCAUUGUGCAAUCAAAAAUAGUAAUUUCUAGUAAUGUGGGUAGGUAAAUGCAGGCAGCACCAAAUGAAUCUAGUCUAGGGUAAGUGCUUUAAUCUGCUACACAUUACAUACAUUAUUUUUAAUGACAUACCUGGCUGUGGAUGGGGCCUGAUCAUGUAAAUAUAUUUAGAAAGGUUGUUUCAAUCAUUCUGAAUGAUUGUUUUGAGUUUGUUGUAAAUACAGCAAAAUUCUGGGCUAGCUGAUGGUCCUUGUAAUAAAAUUGUAACAACUGACCUUUGGCCUUUAACUUUUAAGAGUCAUGACAAAACAAGCCCUAUGUAACCUUUUAUCUAGACUUGUAACAAAUAUUGAAGCAAUCUGUUUUAAGAGCAGUAUCCUUGACCAUUCAGAAAUUGCUAUUGACCAUUCAUUUCACUGUUUUAGACCAUUCAGAAAUCUCCAGUCUACCAGUUGUUUUACUAAACUAGCUACCUCCUCAUUUAAAAAAAAACAUAGUGAUGAGACCAAUUCCUUCUGAAUUUGUUUUUCAAUGAUAUACAUGUUAUGUUCAUAUGAUAUACAUGUUAUGUUCCUAUUAUAUAAAACUUAUAAAAGUAACCAUGCAGUAAUGUUUAUACGAGAUAAGUGAGAAUGGUGUGCAUAUAUCUAGUGUAUAUAUAACGUUGUAGCUACCGUAUACUGUAUGAUCUCCAUAUAUGUGUCACCACUGAUUAUUUAUGUUCUACUGACAUUAAUAUUGCUGGCUGUGAAUGGUCACCACUUACACUAUCUAAGGGCAUCUUUUUUACUUGUACAUUCUCAUGUUUAACUUAUGAUUUUUUACAUUUUUUUUGUUACAAAACAAUCUUGAGCUUCAAUGUGUUUUAAAGAUUUUUUAAACUGAUGGGGUAUACAACAUGUAUGUAGUAAGUUCUAGGCCUGUCAUUUAAUUCUAAAGAUUGAAAUGUUUUUAUUUAUGGUACAGUUUUAUCAGGCUGACAAAAGAAAUUACAAAAUUUUACCUCAAGUAAACCGCAACAAAUAGCCCUUACAUUAUUAAAGUUUCACCUGUUAUUAAUGAUAUAUAGAAAAGUUUGUCAUAUGGAAUAAAUACCUCAAUAAGAAAA